AUGAAAGAACAACAACAGAAACAACAGCGCCUUCAAGUGGCAAUAGAUCGUGGUGGAACAUUUACUGAUGUUGUAGCAAGAAAACCUGAUGGAAAAAUUGUUACCAUGAAAUUGUUAUCCGAAUACAAAGAAAAGUAUGACGAUGCUCCAACGGAAGCGAUUCGCAGACUUUUACAACAAGAUGCAAAAGAACAGGUUGCUUUUCCUCUGGAUCCAUCAACAAUUGAGUGGAUAAGAAUGGGCACAACGGUGGCGACUAAUGCUUUACUUGAAAGAAAAGGCGAACGUAUAGCAUUAGUAGUAACAAAAGGUUUUUGUGAUCUAUUAUACAUCGGAAAUCAGUCUCGACCAAAAUUGUUCGAUUUGACUGUUACUAUUCCAGAUGCAUUAUAUGAGUCUGUAGUGGAAGUCCGCCCCGUGAAGAAUCGGGAGGAUCUUCGUCCAUCACCCACCUCACUAUAUACAUCUAUUGUUAGUUUUCCCGAUCAUGAAAAACGUGUUGGUCAAAUUGCAAAUGAAAUGGGUUUCACUAAUGUAUCCUUGUCACAUGAAGUUAUUUCUAUGCAGCGAUACGUACCUCGAGCUCAUACAGCAUGUUCCGAUGCGUAUUUAACCCCAUGUUUAAAACGUUAUAUAGAUACAUUUUCAAGUGCAUUCCAAAACAAAUUAGAACAUCUUAAUGUGCUCUUUAUGCAAUCCGACGGUGGUUUAACACCGGUUGACAAGUUUUCUGGAUCAAGAGCAAUUUUAUCUGGGCCUGCGGGCGGUGUUGUCGGCUAUUCAGCAACGAGUUAUACGGCUGAAACUGAUUAUCAAGCUGUUAUUGGUUUUGACAUGGGUGGAACAUCAACCGAUGUGUCGAGAUAUGCUGGAAGUUUAGAACAUGUUUUAGAAUCAACGAUUGCAUCAGUGAUAAUUCAAGCACCGCAACUUGAUAUUAAUACAGUUGCUGCUGGAGGUGGUUCAAUUCUUUCGUUUCGAUCUGGCCUAUUUCGUGUUGGUCCUGAAUCGGCUGGUGCAACUCCUGGACCAUGCUGCUAUCGAAAAGGUGGUCCCUUAACAAUCACUGACGCUAAUUUAAUCUUGAAUCGCUUGAUACCUGAAUAUUUUCCAAAAUUAUUUGGCAAGAACGCUGAUGAACAGUUGGAUAUUGAGGCUGCUUCAAAUAACUUUGAUCAAUUGACCAUAUCGAUUAAUGAGUUUUUAAAAUCGAACAAUAAACCUCUGUUAACGAAAGAAAAAGUUGCAUUGGGCUUUAUUCAUGUUGCAAAUGAGAGUAUGAGUAGGCCGAUAAGAGCAUUGACUGAGGGAAAAGGUCUUGACUUACGAGAACACGCAUUAGCUUGUUUUGGUGGAGCCGGUGGUCAACAUUGCUGUCAGAUAGCUAAAGUAUUGGGAAUGAAGACAGUAUUUGUUAGUCGUUUUGCUGGUGUUUUAUCUGCAUUAGGCUUAGCAUUAGCCGAUGUGGUACAUGAAGUGCAAGAACCAUGUGGAAAAAGUAUUAAUAAUGAAAAUUGGUCAUUUCUAACAGAAAGAUUUCAAAAACUAUCCGAACAAGGAAUAAAUGAAUUGACGAAGCAAGGAAAUCCACGAUACAAAGAACAAUUUGGAUUUACAUUACCAGAUCGACCCAUUAUUGUUGAUGACAUCCGUAUUCGAGCAUUAGCCAAAUCGGCAAUGGAAAUCAAUCGAAAAAUUGAUAGUCGAUCGGAUAAUUCAUCACCAAAAGAAGAAAAAAAAGUCUCGUGUUAUUUUGACGAUGAAUUUGUUGAUACGCCUGUAUUUCUAAUUGAAAAUUUACUUGCCAAUGAUCAAAUAAUGGGUCCAGCCAUUAUCAUUGAUCCGAGCUGUACGAUAGUAGUUGAACCGGAUUGUCAAGCAUUCGUAACGGAAUGUGGAGAUAUUCGAAUAACCGUCGACCAUAAGAAAGAUACGUCAGAAUCAACAGAACUUGAUUUAAUCAAAUUAUCAAUUUUUUCUCAUCGAUUCAUGUCAAUUGCAGAGCAAAUGGGAAGAGUACUACAACUGACCGCUAUAUCAACGAAUAUUAAAGAGCGUCUCGAUUUCAGUUGCGCGAUAUUUGGACCAGACGGUGGACUUGUGGCUAAUGCUCCUCAUAUCCCGGUACAUCUGGGAGCUAUGCAGGAAGCCGUUCAGUUUCAAAUGCGCGCAUUAGAAAACAAUCUGAAUGAUGGUGACGUUAUUUUAACGAAUCAUCCCGCUGCAGGUGGAAGUCAUUUACCCGACUUUACAGUCAUUACACCGGUUUUUCAUGCAGAAAACGGGACGCCUGUAUUCUUUGUGGCCAGUCGAGGACAUCAUGCCGAUAUUGGUGGUUUAACACCAGAAUUGACCGAUUGUUUGAAUGAACCGGGAAAACUUCCGAAUUGUUCGGGAACAAGAACGUUAAUGCAUAAUAUUGCUGAUUUAAAAGCUCAAAUCGCCGCUAAUUUCAAGGACAAUGCUGAGACGGCCGUCCGCGAUUUAUUGAAAACUGUUGCUAAAAAACUACCAGAAGCUGUUGACAAUUGUUUGAAAGCUAAAGAUUUCAUGGACGAUGGAUCGGAAAUACAAUUAUGCGUAAAAAUUGAUCCUGAUAAAUUAACAGCCAAAUUUGAUUUUACUGGAACAUCAGAACAAGUCUUGUACAACUGGAAUACACCGAGAGCCAUCACAUAUUCAGCCAUCAUCUAUUGUCUACGAGCCAUGAUCGGUCAUGACAUACCAUUAAAUCAGGGAUGUAUGAAACCAGUGGAAGUUGUUUUGCCAAAAGGUUCAUUAUUAGAUCCGAGUGAAGAUGCAGCAGUUGUGGGUGGAAACGUUUUAACUUCACAACGUCUAGUAGACGUCAUAUUGCAUGCAUUUCAUUGUUGUGCAGCAUCGCAAGGGUGUAUGAAUAAUAUUACAUGGGGCGAUGAAAAGGCAAGUUAUUAUGAAACGGUUGCUGGUGGAGCUGGAGCUGGUCCUAAAUGGCACGGCAGGAGUGGAGUUCAUACUCACAUGACAAACACACGAAUUACAGAUCCAGAAAUUCUUGAAAAACGAUAUCCAGUAGUUUUGCUCAAAUUUUGUUUGAGAAAAAACUCCGGAGGAAAUGGUGCCUAUAACGGCGGAGAUGGUGUUGAACGACAAAUAUUGUUUCGAAAAAAAUUAACACUAUCUGUGUUAACUGAACGAAGAUCACAUAGACCGUAUGGAUUAAACGGCGGUGAAAGCGGUCAAUGCGGUAAAAAUACGUUGAAACGUGCUGAUGGACGAUUAAUUAAUAUGGGAGGAAAAAGCUCUGUGCCUGUCGAACCUGGUGAUUGUUUCAUUCUGUUGACGCCUGGUGGUGGCGGCUUUGGAACGAAAACUACUGAUGAUCAAAAUACGACGCCGAGUGAUGAUGAGAAAAAAGCUGAACUGAAAAAUUUUUUUGAAAAAGGAAGUCUAUUCGAUUAUCGAAUGACCCAAGAAGGCGCAUAA